AUUCGAACUCUGAAUUAUGUAUCACUCCUCCCUCACGUCACUCCGUCUCCAUUACAAACAACUCCCAUUGCCGGAAAACUCAAAACACUUGAUAAUCCAUGGCCACUGCCGCCGCCGGUCCCGCCUUUGCCUUCUCCGCCGUCACUAUCCGUGGUAAUUCUUCUGCCAGACUUUCCGGUUUCGAUUUUUCAUAUUCAACGAUUCCUCAGCUUUCUCCGUUCAAGUCGUCUUCACCUCACCUCGCUUUCUCUCCCCGUGGAUCAUCUCAUUUUGUUAGAAAGAACAUUUUUCAAGCUUCCAUUGAUGGUGUCGACUCACUGGGUGUAAGCUCUUUGGAUGCUGAUAAUAUUCCUACUCCAAUUGUUUUAAUUGAUCAAGGUUCAGAUCCAUCUGCAACUAUUGUACAUGUUAGCUUUGGUGAUCGUCUUGGUGCCCUCAUUGAUACGAUGAAGGCGUUGAAGGAUCUAGGCUUAGAUGUAGCAAAAGGAACUGUUACAACUGAAGGAUCAGUCAUUGAAACAAAAUUCUUUAUUACUCGAUUAUCAACCGGACGAAAAGUUGAAGAUCCUGAUCUCUUGGAGAGAAUCAGAUUGACCAUCAUAAACAAUCUGUUGAAGUAUCAUCCGGAGUCUAGUGCACGACUUGCAAUGGGGGAGGCUUUUGGCAUACAAGCUCCAGUCAAGAAGUUUGAUAGAGAUAUAGAGACUCAUAUACACGUCAAGGAUGCUGGGCCUAAAAGAAGCUUGCUGUGUGUAGAGACAGAAGAUAGACCUGGAUUGCUUCUAGAAAUUGUCAAGAUAAUGGCUGAUGUCAAUGUUACUAUGGAAUCAGCAGAAAUUGAUACUGAAGGGUUGAUUGCAAAAGAUAAAUUUCACGUUAGCUACAGAGGGGCAUCUUUAAACGAUUCUUUGUCUCAGGUGUUGACGAAUUGCCUACGCUAUUACCUUCGAAAGUCAGAAACCGAUGAAGACAGCUACUAACUAGGGGAGCACACGUGUGUCUUCCAUGCAUUAUGCAUGCUAUCUGUAAAAUUACACAAAACUCCCUGUGCUUGUUUUUGUACACAUAUUUCAGAAUCAUGAAUGUGUUCAAGAAGAUAUCCAUUCCAUUAAAAAUCAUCAUAUUGUGACACUAGUUUAUAACUAUAUCUGGAUUAUAAAAGUAAAAUAUCAAAUAAUAUGGUUCAGGAAGA